AUGGAUUAUCCCAAACAUACAAUUGUGAAUUUCGCCGUCGUACUUCUAUUCUUGAUCGGAGUGCUUCUUCUGUUUCGGUCUUCUUCUCUCUCUAGCCCGUUGUUCUUGCCCCAGAAGUUACGUUCAAACAGUACAAACACCGUUGAAGAACGUCUUGAUUCUGCUUUAGCGAAAGCGUCAACGGAGAACAAGAUUGUAAUAGUGGCGGUUAUAAACAAGGCUUACGCAGAACAAGACGUUAAUGGCCAUACCACCAUGUUCGACCUGUUCCUGAGCAGCUUCUGGCUCGGAGAAGGCACGAGGUCUCUGGUCAACCACCUUCUGGUUGUGGCCGUAGAUCAGACGGCGUACGACCGGUGCCUGUUUCUCCGGCUAAACUGCUUUAAAUUGGAAACGGACGGUGUUGAUUUUGCAGGCGAGAAAUAUUUCAUGUCCGAUGAUUUCAUUAAGAUGAUGUGGAGAAGGACUCUCUUUCUCUUGGAAGUACUGAAACGAGGCUAUAGCAUCAUAUUCACGGACACUGAUGUGAUGUGGCUAAGAAACCCAUUCACAAGACUCAGCAACGAUGCUAAUGAGGACUUACAGAUCAGCACCGACUAUUACCUGGGAAAUCCUCGGUCAAAAAACCAUAAUAUCAACACGGGAUUCUACUUCGUUCGAUCAAACAACAAGACCAUUUCGUUGUUUGAAACAUGGUAUGGUAAGAAGAACAGCUCCAACGGUCAAAAAGAACAAGACGUGCUUGACGGUCUCAUCAGACAUGGCAUUAUCAGACAAUUAGGUCUUAGGGUUAGGUUCAUGGACACUCUUUACUUCAGUGGGUUUUGUCGAGAUAGCAGGGACUUCAGGGCUGUCACUACCGUGCAUGCUAACUGUUGCCGGACCAUCACCGAGAAGAUUGCCGACCUUGAGGCCGUCCUCCAGGACUGGAAGCGGUUCAAAAUGUUGGAGUCAAGUAAGAGUAAUUUAACGUCAACUGUGAAGUGGUCACAUCACCGUGCAUGCCAUUCCCAAAGCUAUGGAACCAACCCGCCACCAUUGACUGGGACCGGACUGCCACUACUGACUGGGACUAUACCAACGGCGGCCGAGUUUCACUGGGAUCGUCUUGAUGCUCGCAUUGGUGGGAUCGAUCGUCACUUGGGCGUUGAAAACGAGCGUUUAUCCCAAUUGAUAUGGAAUUCCACCUCCACUUCCGCCGCCAUCUUUAAUGAUAUUGCCCCUGGUCACAACGUCUCCGUUCCUCUCGAGCCUGUGUCGUCUUCAUAUGACCGCAACCAGAUUGCUCUCGCUGAUUUUCUAAUUUCUACCCUCACCGAUGUCUCUAAAGCCAUUGAAGCAUCUUCUGCUUCCCCGACUCAUGCAGUCCACUCACCUAAUGUCAAGGACUCGGUUAUUCAUUAUAUUGCUCUGAACCAUUUGCUAGAGUUUUUCUUUGAAGCAUCUGAACCAUUUGCUAGAGUUAUUCAUGAACCUUUAUUUCAUGCCUUGUCUUGUUCUGUUUCAACGUUCUCCUUUUCUCCUUCAAGUUGUUCAGUCAGGUGUUUAUCCUCCAGGUACAUUUCAUAUCUAUUCCCCAAGGCACGCUAG